GAACAUCGGCCGAUCGGCGCGGCGUGAAUUCAGUAAUUUCAAGAUGGCUGCACCUGUGGAGAAACGAGAAAUUGCUGGACAGGUUAAAAUAUUCAACAAAUACACGCUUAUGUGCGCUGGUUAUGGAUUAGCAUCAUCGUUUGUAAACAAUGGAUUACUCAGGAGACCGUUCCUCUCAGGUGGACAUAGGCACAUUGCUGCUUCUGUAAUUGGUGGAGUGAUAGGUUACUUCAUUGGUCGUUUUGAAAGCAGAGCCCUAGCAGAGAAAGAAUUCUACAUCCAGGACUACGUAAACAGGCAUCCAGAAGACUUCACAAAAGAGCAACCCAAGAAGUUAUCAGAGAUUACGCAAAGAUGGCUGCCUGUCCGAUGAGUCAUUCUCCUGGGAGAUCUAUUGUGUGGAUGCCAUUGUGUUGUAAAUAACUAUUGAUAUAAGAAGAUGUAGCCUCUAAAAUGUGUCUGACUUGACAUGCUCUUGAGAGGAAAAUGGAGUACAUAAGGCCCACCUUAUCAACAUGGAUAUGGAUGCCCAUGUGUCCUCUGCAUCAAUGGUGCAUUUUGGUGUAUACAUGCAUUUCAUUGUGACACAAGUACUUAUAAUCCUUCACAUUCUUUGAAAAGACUGAUAAGUUUGAUCAAAAUGGAAUAACAUUGCUGAUUAUUGCUUCCCUCACUGUAGUAGUGAAUAUAAGGGAUGUUGCAAGAAAAUAUUUGCAAUCAAUUGCAAACUUCUGUUGCAAUGUUAUGAUCGAUAGAUCAAUUUAGCUGUACAAAAUCAGUUUACACACCUUUGCCAGAAGCAGAUCAGCAAUAGAAAAUCUAAAAUUAAUUGCAAGACCUAAUGAUUGAUUUGAGAUUGAGAACCCUUUAAUAGAUUUGCAAUUGAUCUCUAAUUUCUUGCAAUGCCCCAAAAGUCCUUAUCAGCUGUACCUUUUCUUCUCUUGACCUUGGUCUUGAAACACUUUUCAGUCUCAAACAUUCAUGAAAUCAAUACCAGCGCAUCGCUGAUAGAGCUCACCAUCCAUGAAUUGGAAGGCAUUACAUUUGGUGAACCCCCCUCUCUCUCUCAGAAGGGCAGAGCAUUUUCUGACCCCCCUUUUUUUUCCUGUUAAAGGUGACCAUCUGGGUCCGGUAACACAAAUGUUAGCAAUUAAUCAUAUGCUUGAUUUUCAUGAUUAAUUGUACAUUGUACUCCAUGCAGUUAAUCGUUAAAAUUUCUACGAUGAUUGCUUAGCUUUGUGAUACGGACCCUUGGUGUAUUAACACACUGUUUAUUUUCUUCUUUUCUCUUGCUAUCGUAGAAUUUAAAUGGGAACAGCCCUGUUACAGUACACAAUGAAUUGUUAUAAGCUUUGAAUUUCACAAACAGUGAGUUGAAAUAUUAGCUACUGCAAUGUGGUAUUUGAUAGGCAGAGCAAAAUCGCAUUAUCAGUAAUAAAACAAUUUGUGGAAAUCGCCCAGAAAUAAAACCCAAGAAUACCAUAUGUCCAUUUCCAUGAAUGUUGUAGAGAACCCAAUAUGCACAGAAGAGAUAAAGGAGAACAAAAAAUCAAUUUGUAUAAUUUCUGUGGUUGCUUGCGAAAGGCAAGGUCGUGUUGGUUGGAAUUAACCUUAUGCUCUCAAGACAUGUGAUACAGAACAUUAAAUUUAUUUACUUGAAUGAGAA